AUGCUAGGGACUAGGAGUCUAUCAGAAAUCCUAUCCGACCGCGAUGCAAUUGCUAUAUCAAUGCAGGCGCUGCUUGAUGAAGCAACGGAGAGCUGGGGUAUUAAAGUGGAGCGUGUUGAAAUAAAGGACGUAAGACUGCCGGUACAAUUGCAAAGAGCAAUGGCAGCAGAAGCCGAAGCAACUAGAGAGGCUCGAGCUAAGGUAUUGAUCAAUGAACUGCGAAAAGAAUAUGAAGAAGCAAGAUCAAAAGGGAAUAAAAAGGACCUCACUAGUGAAAUUGAGGAGAUUGAAAACAACACGGAGUGCAAAAUGCAAAUGCAAAGACAGACAAAAUGA